AUGGCGCAGGCCUCAAAAUGGCAUCCGUUGCCGAAAUUUCCAAAUCUUCCUGCUCUCAUGAUCUCUCUGCAGUCUGCUUCUUCAUCGUACACACUUCACGUUACCGAUCUCGCCAAUGUGUGGGUAGAAAGCCUUGACCGAAAAGGUAUAAUAUUGCGAAGCCUGCAAGAGAACACAAGCAUAGAUUUGAGUGACGGCGAUCCUAAUCAGUGGACCGUCUUUUUCUCUAAGCUUGACGCAGCCUUCGACCCUACGUCACCAGAUCACCAUACGACCAGCCUGAGCAUAUCCGCCUCGACGGCAGGUACUACCUCUGGAGGUGGUCUGGCUCUUCACGUCACAUGCGUGUUACCCGAGCCGCUCAAGCCGCUCAAAUGGCCUGUCUACUUGACAAAAUGUCCACCUGUUGGCCUCGCCUCAGAGCUCGUCUUACCUCUCAUCCAAGCCCACCGUGUACGUACGUUGGAGGUCCAGGAUCUCAUAAUGAGGCUUAAGGAAAAAGACGCUGUCAUCACAAAGCUUGUUGACAAGCUAGAAGCCAACAAGGUCGGCUUAGAGUAUGUCUUUAAUUCUCUAUCCACUAAGCGUAAGCCUUCCCGUGCGGUUGCCGAGGAGAAGGUCAAAGGCCUGGCAGCUUUUAAUGCAUCUGAAUGGAAGUCGAGUAUCACUUCGAGCCAGGAGCCUCCCCAGGACCUGUCGUCACUGAUUCACGAGGUUUUUGCGGAGACAGGGUUGCAUAAUAGUGUAAAUGCAGAGAUCUUUGCCUCCAGUCAGCUUAAUGACUGGUGGACGAAGCUGGGUUCGGGCUCAACUACCGCUAUCAAAACCCGGAAGGAAACCAUUAGGCAGUCACGAGAGACCCCUCCUCUAGAUGCUAAGACAAGUAGGGAGAGGGAUGAUGACGACUUUCAAGUGCAGGCCACUCCCCCCCAUCUACAGUCAAUUAGGCGAAAAUAUGAUUACUCCAGAGCCGCUGGUGAUACUACAGAUGACGACAAUAGCCCUGUAGAGAUUCCCGAUAGCCAUCCCACUGUGGCGCAAGACAAGCCUCGUUCCCGAAUCGGUGCAGUUGGCGGCAAGAAGUCUGGCAAAGACAACUCACCUAGCCAAUCUUCUCGCACUGUCCCUAUUGAUGAUGACGAGACCCCAUCAGAGUCUGACACAGAACCGGUGCUACCAGAACCCCAAAGACGGCAAAAUACCCGGCUGGGGACCAUUGGGAAAUCCAGAGAGCCAUCGUCUCCAGCAAAGUCCUCAUCUCCUGUACCACCACCACCACCACCCAAGGACGGAGAUGAAACGGCAUCUGGCUCGGAUUCCGAGGAUGACGCCGGACCAUCCAAAGCCCCGUCUCGUUCACCUAUCCCAACUGGGAGGAAGAGUGUUGGACUGGGGCGAAUAGGCGGUAAGCCUAAGGCUCGAGUGACACCAGAGCCGUCUGAGGAACCGAAUGUAACAUCCCCCGGGAUAAGGAGCCCUCAAGCCACUACAAGCCCGGCAAGGCCCGCGAGUCGAAAGAUUGGGACCAUCGGGACGAAAUUUGAUGCAGAUAGCAAGAGACACCGCCCGUCAUCGCCUGUCACAGCACCAGAGCCCGAAACGGAAGAGCAGAGGACAGAGCGCAGGCGGGCGGAAUUAGCGAAAGAGCUUGAACGUAAGGCAGCUGCACCGACCAAGAAGAAGAGGAGGUUUUGA